CGCGCCGCGCCGUGGCAGCCCAACUCCGGCUAGCUUGGAGGGAAUCUUCGGGAGCCUCCCUUCACCCCCACUUCUGGGGUCACUGCCAAUCAGGCAGUCCAGGUUCAGAUGCGCUUUGUCGGGUGGUCCCACUGCCCACUCCUUCCCUAACUGGGGGCUCAUGCCCCAGAACCCUCAGGAGAAGAGCCAAGCCUACCCCCGCUGCCGCCCUGGGAGCCACGCAAACUGUAAGAGCCCCAAGGUCAUCGCAGCUGCAGCUAUGUACACCUUCUUGCCUGAUAACUUCUCGCCGGCCAAGCCCAAGCCCUCCAAAGAGCUGAAACCGCUCCUAGGCUCCGCGGUCCUGGGGUUGCUGCUGGUGUUGGCCGCAGUGGUGGCCUGGUGCUACUACAGCGCCUCUCUACGCAAAGCGGAACGCCUGCGCGCGGAGCUGCUGGACCUCAACCGAGGCGGCUUCUCCAUCCGCAACCAGAAGGGCGAGCAGGUCUUCCGCCUGGCCUUCCGCUCAGGCGCACUGGACCUCGACUCCUGCAGCCGCGACGGCGCGGUCCUCGGUUGUUCUCGCACAGCCGAUGGGCGCCCCCUGCAUUUCUUCAUCCAGACUGUGAGGCCCAAGGAUACGGUCAUGUGCUACCGCGUGCGCUGGGAGGAGGCGGCUCCAGGGCGCGAGGUGGAACACGCUAUGUUCCUGGGCGAUGCAGCGGCACACUGGUACGGUGGUGCUGAGAUGAGGACCCAGCACUGGCCCAUCCGCCUGGACGGCCAGCAGGAGCCUCAGCCCUUCGUCACCAGCGAUGUCUACUCCUCCGGCGCUGCAUUCGGAGGCAUCCUCGAGCGCUACUGGCUGUCAUCGCGUGCAGCUGCCAUCAAGGUCAACGACUCCGUGCCCUUCCACCUGGGCUGGAACGGCACGGAGCGCUCGCUGCGGCUGCAGGCACGCUACCACAACACGCCCUACAAGCCACCUGCGGGCCGCCCUGCUGUGCCAGAGCUCAGCUACCGCGUGUGUGUCGGCUCUGACGUCACUUCCAUCCACAAAUACAUGGUGCGGCGCUAUUUCAACAAGCCCUCGAGGGUGCCAGCACCCGAGGCCUUCCGGGACCCCAUCUGGUCCACGUGGGUGCUGUACGGGCGUGCCGUGGACCAGGACAAAGUGCAGCGUUUCGCCCAGCAGAUCCGCCAGCACCGAUUCAACAGCAGCCACUUGGAAAUAGACGACAUGUACACACCUGCCUAUGGAGACUUCGACUUCGACGAGACCAAGUUCCCCAAUGCCAGCGACAUGUUCCGCCGUCUGCGUGAUGCCGGCUUUCGCGUCACGCUCUGGGUUCACCCGUUUGUCAACUACAACUCAUCGUGCUUUGGUGAGGGAGUGGAACGCGAGCUGUUCGUGCGCGAACCCACCGGCCGGCUGCCCGCGCUCGUGCGCUGGUGGAACGGCAUCGGCGCGGUGCUCGACUUCACACGCCCGGAGGCUCGAGACUGGUUCCAGGGGCACCUGCGGCGGCUGCGCUCGCGCUACGCUGUGGCCUCCUUCAAGUUUGACGCAGGCGAAGUCAGCUAUUUGCCGCGGGACUUCAGCACCUACAGGCCGCUGUCCGACCCCAGCAUAUGGAGCCGACGCUACACUGAAAUGGCACUGCCCUUCUUCUCCCUGGCGGAGGUCCGCGUGGGCUACCAGUCACAGAACAUCUCAUGCUUCUUCCGCCUAGUGGACCGCGACUCGGUGUGGGGCUAUGAUCUGGGGCUGCGCUCACUCAUACCCGCCGUGCUCACCGUCAGCAUGCUGGGCUACCCAUUCAUCCUGCCCGAUAUGGUGGGUGGCAACGCAGUGUCUGAGCGCACAGCGGGUGGUGGCGAGGUGCCCGAGCGCGAGCUCUACGUGCGCUGGCUGGAGGUGGCCGCCUUCAUGCCCGCUAUGCAGUUCUCGGUCCCGCCCUGGCAAUAUGAUGCGGAAGUGGUGGCUAUCGCGCACAAGUUUGCCGCGCUGAGGGCCUCGCUCGUAGCGCCGCUAUUGCUGGAGCUGGCUGGUGAGGUCACUGACACAGGCGACCCCAUCGUGCGCCCCCUCUGGUGGAUUGCGCCCGGUGAUGAGACGGCACACCGCAUCGACUCGCAGUUCCUUAUCGGAGACACGCUGCUGGUGGCGCCAGUCCUGGAGCCCGGCAAGCAGGAGCGAGACGUCUACCUGCCUGCAGGCAAGUGGCGCAGCUACAAGGGCGAGCUUUUUGACAAAACCCCAGUGCUGCUCACCGAUUACCCCGUCGACCUGGACGAGGUUGCCUACUUCGUCUGGGCAUCCUGACCCAGCCCAGGACCCAGGAACCCCACAGCCCUAACCUCUGCCUUCAUGCAGGCCUUUCACCCUCCAUCACAACCACAUUGUGUAUCCCCAGGACGUCCCCACCUCUGCACCACCCACUAAGUGGGUGCCAACAUAAAUGUGCCCAACCAGCGGGGUAGAGCCAGGUGAGGGGGCGCUGAAGGAACUUCCCUUUCUAACGCACAAUCCGAAAGACUGUUCCCCUCCACACUCACUCCAGUCUGCCGACUGGAG